CCGGGGGUUUGCGCGUCUUUUCCUCUCAUGCGCGGUAUUUGCUUCCCGAGCAGGGCCCAAGGUUUGGCCUAGAGCCGGCGGGUGCAGCGGCAACGGCGGCACAAUAAGCGGGCUCAGGCUCCCGCUUUCUUGGUUCCCGCGCCUGCCCGUUGGGCGCUCAGGAUGGCAGACGACUCGCCCAAGCGGCGCAAAGCCAAUUUCAACGAGGCGGAGACCGAGGUACUGAUCGAGCAGGUGCUGAAGCACGAGCAGGUGCUGUUCGCGGCGGGGCCUGGCCGGGCCUCCCCAGGCCAGAAGCGCAAAGUCUGGGAGCUGAUCCGGCACAAAGUGAAUCCGGUGGCCGCCUGUCCCCGCGAGGUGGAAGACCUCAAGAAGCGCUGGCGGGAUCUUAAGCGGCGCGACCGGAGCAAGCUGUGCCGCAUCACCCAAGGCCCCGGAGGGCCCGUGCCUCACCCCGCCUCACUCGGCCUCCUAAUGGCCAGCGAGGAGAUCUCGCCGCCCGAUCAUCUCCGAUCCUACGCCUCUGGGCUGCCCGCUCCCAACGAGGCAGUGCCUAUUGUCGGGGGAAUAGACACGCUGGAUUUGCCAGGAGCCUCUUCCGUAGCGGAGAUCGGUUUUACAGAUGACCCAGGCCCAUCCCACCAAACAUGUGUGGAGAAAAUAAAUCUAAAAGAAGAGAUAGUUGUGAAAGUAGUGGAACCGGAAGAAAGCUCAGAGGACAUGGCUGUAGUUCCUCCUAGCCAGGAACAGCUACCUUUUUUGGGAAUACAGAAUGGAGGGCCCUGUGGAAAAGUAAAAGCCAAAACAAAAACUCAGCCCCAAACAGACCCCAGUGAAAUUACGGAAGAGGAUCUGUUGCAGAUCCAGCAGAACCAGCUUCACGUUAUCCAGUCUGGCUUUGAUAGUAUCAACCAUAAUCUUCGGCUUCUCCAGCAAGGCAUGCAAGAUCUCAACAACAGCCUCAGUAUCAUGGCACAUACGUUAGUGGCUAUCAAAAAUGUUUAUGUGAAAAACAACGCUGGCCCAACCACCUUUGCUACUGUCACUACUCAGACCACCGCAGGGUACCUGAGCCCUGGGUCCCCAUUGGUUGAGGACAGAGUCAGAGUACCGGUGGCUGGAAGUAGUAGCAGAAGCAGCAGCUGCAGCUCCAGCUCUAUGUCACAAGAGGCAGGCCCUUCGGAAUUUCCCAGGCCCCCACACAGACCCAUUAAGAAGGAACAUCCAAAUGGCUGUUAUUAUUUCUGUUUUGCAGAUGUGUAAGACUUGAAUACAUGUCAGACAACUGUUGCAUUUGAGAGGAGCUGUCCUGCACCCUGCUCUAAUAAUUGCAUUAUAAUGGAGCAGAUUCAUCUGGCUGUCCUCCUGUGAUGCUAAAUAUGUAAGAUCACCACCACCCCCAGCUGCAGAAACGUUGCCUUGUAGGAGGCAUAACACUACGAACCAUUCUGGAACCAAUUUUGGUGAAGGGAGGUAAAGAAAUGUGUUAAAUACAACUUUUAGAGCCCAGCCUCUUUUACUCAGAAGUCCUAAUGCAUCCAGCGGGAUUCAUUCCUAAGCUGUAUAUGUAUAGGAUUACAACAUUAGUGGUUAUCCAGUAGCUACUGGAGCUGGUUAAUACCUCUUGCAUUGUGUUCCCCCCCUUUUUUCCUUAUGGAGGGGGAACAGAAAGAAAACUUGCUCCAGACCCUUCUGGUAUCAAUUUGACCUUUUAAAAUAAAACAGUAUGAAAAGAUAGCAGCAACUUUAAUUAGUAUCUGAUGCAGAAGCUAUCAGACAAGCUGUUUUUAUUUUUGUAGCAAUCCAAAGUGCAGAUUAGUGAGAAAUUGGGUACUUGAUUGUACUUAAUUUAAAAAAGAAAAGCUGCCUACUUCUACUGUAAGAACAUAUGGAGUUUAUCAGCUCUAAAACUAGGAAUGAAUUGGGGUAUUGAGCCAUGAGCAAAGUGCAUCUAAGUUUUUCUUGAUAGUUCCUCUUCAUUAUUGCUCAUGUCCAGCUCUUCUAAAUGUAUCUUUCCUAUGAAAAGAACACCACCACUGCUAAAAACAUACAGUAGUAGGGAGGCUGCCUUUUGUUGCAUAAUUAAAGAGAAUUUGCCCAAAA